GAUGUUGUAGUGUGAACUAAAGCAGAAGUCGGCUCACUUGUAACCGAUGGGACGCAGUUUAUCCGCUUACUUUGCGUUUAAAUGUUGUUGUUUUUAACGGUCGCGGUGACCGUAUUCCCCCUGUUCGGUAGAAUUAGCUAACGUUAGGGCUAUACACACACACAUACACACAUAUACAUACACACACACACAUACACACACAUACACCGCUUACCAAUGUUCGCCUAUCACGGUCCAUCUCGACCUCCUCGUCUCUUCCACAGAUUCGGGUUUCUGCUUUUUUAUUUUUUCUUAUUUUUUUUUUCUCGCAUCGCCACCCGGUCCCCUCUGAAGGAGCAGAAGAAAGCGCAUUCAUUAAUUUUUCUUUUUCUUUUUUCUUUUCUUUUCUUUUUUUUUUUUUGCUGCUAACUGAAUAAACACCGACGCUGUCAUGCAGACGUAACAUAGUGAGAGAAGAGAGAGAAACCGAGAAGAAGUGAAGAACAAGAAGAAGAAGAAGAAGUGGGAGUUGUUUUGGUUUUUCGACCCUGGCCCCAAAACUUGAAGAAGAAGAAGAAGAAGAAGACGCGUUUUCCAGGCUGUGUCAUAUAAAUAUAUAUUUAUAUGCUCUCCAGUGCUGAAGUGCUGCGUUUCAGGUGAUAGUGAGCAGAGGUGCUGAGAGUGAUGGAGCAUCUCAGCGAGACGUGCCUGGGCAAGGAGAACUGUGAGCUGGUCAACAACAUGGCAGAGGCCAAGGCCCCGCCAGCCAAGCUGGCCCGCCUGGAGCAGAACGGCAGCCCCCUGGGUCGGGCCAGGCUGGGCAGCACCGGGGCCAAGCUGUCCGGGGUCCCGUACAAACCCAGCAGUCACCUGCUGAAGACCUGCCACAAGAAGGGCAACAUGCUGCCCGUGUUCUGCGUGGUCGAGCACUACGAGAGCCCCAUGGAGUUCGACAGCAAGGAGGAGCACGCCGAGUUCGUCCUGGUGCGGAAGGACAUGCUCUUCAACCAGCUCAUCGAGAUGGCCCUGCUGUCGCUGGGCUACUCCCACAGCUCGGCGGCCCAGGCCAAAGGUCUGAUCCAGGUGGGGAAGUGGAACCCCGUCCCCCUGUCGUACGUGACAGACGCUCCGGACGCUACAGUGGCCGACAUGCUGCAGGACGUCUACCACGUGGUCACGCUUAAGAUCCAGCUGCACAGUUGUCCUAAGCUGGAGGACCUGCCGCCCGAGCAAUGGAGCCACUCUACAGUAAGAAACGCCCUCAAGGAGUUACUCAAAGACAUGAAUCAGAGCUCUCUGGCUAAAGAAUGUCCCUUAUCACAGAGUAUGAUUUCCUCCAUUGUGAACAGCACUUACUAUGCAAAUGUGUCGGCGGCGAAGUGUCAGGAAUUUGGGCGCUGGUAUAAACAUUUCAAGAAGACAAAAGAUAUGAUGGGCAUGCGCCAACCCUCCCAGCUGGAGGGCUACCUGGGGACGUGUGUCCUCCGUGAGAGUCCGCGUGCCAAUGCACUAGCGGAGAUGGACGGCCUGUCUGAACUCUCCCCACCUGGCUCGAACCACAGCCACAACCACAACCACCUGAGCUUCUCCCAGCAGCAGCAGCAGCCCAUCCCUGGCAGCACAGCUGAGCAGACACCCUCGUCGCCGGUGCCCCCGAUGCCCCACGGCCCACCACCACACGGGGGCCAGACGGGCGGUCGGCAGCCCCAGCUUCCCAGCCUGCACCACCCGGGCCUGGUGUCCACGCCCAUCAGCCCGCAGCUGGUCAACCAGCAGCUGGUGAUGGCUCAGAUCCUCAACCAGCAGUACGCGGUCAACCGGCUGCUGGCGCAGCAGUCCCUGUCGCAGCAGUACCUCAACCACCCGCCAGUCAACCGCAGCGCCCUCACCAAGCCGAUGGAGCCACAGGUGGCCUCAAACACCGAGGUGUCCUCCGAAAUCUACCAGUGGGUGAGGGACGAGCUGAAGCGGGCUGGCAUCUCCCAGGCUGUGUUUGCCCGUGUAGCCUUCAACAGGACACAGGGCCUGCUGUCUGAGAUCCUGCGUAAGGAGGAAGACCCCAAGACGGCGUCCCAGUCGUUGCUGGUCAACCUGCGUGCCAUGCAGAACUUCCUGCAGCUGCCGGAGGCCGAGCGUGAUCGCAUCUACCAAGACGAGAGGGAGCGUAGCCUGACAGCCGCUUCGGCAAUGGGUCCCGCACCGCUCAUCAGCACCCCGCCCAGCCGGCCCGUACAGCCCCGGAGAGAAGACUGUAACAACGUAAGGCCCGAGGACUGGAACCCCCGAAUCCCCGUGGGCAUUUCCCCUGUAAAACCGUCCCCUCUGCCCAGCGAGUGGAACGGCAAGACGGAGAGCUGCAUCCUCAACAUCAACUCCACCAUCUACGACGAGAUUCAGCAGGAGAUGAAGAGGGCCAAAGUUUCCCAGGCCCUGUUUGCCAAGGUGGCUGCCUCCAAGAGCCAGGGUUGGCUCUGUGAGCUGCUGCGCUGGAAGGAGGAUCCGUCCCCGGAGAACCGGACGCUCUGGGAGAACCUGUCCAUGAUCCGGCGUUUCCUGAGCCUUUCCCAGGCUGAGCGAGACGCCAUCUAUGAGCAGGAGAGCAGCGCCGGGCAGCAGCACCACGCCGAGCGGCCGCCGCACAUCAUGCACGUCUCCACCGACCCGCUACAGACUCCAACUCUGAUGUUCAUGUCCACAGAGCUGCCGCAGGCGCAGCCACCCCAGUCACAGCAGCAGCACCAGCCCCCCCUGUCUCUCCAGCACCCCUCCCAGCCCCCGUUGUCCCAGCAGCCCUUGCAGCAGCAACAGCAGUCCACAGCCGGCCCCCGACUGCCCCCUCGCCAGCCCUCCACCGCCUCUCCGGCUGAGACCGAGGACGAGGGCAGCCGCGGGGGGAGCGCCAAGGCUCGUGCCGGAGGAGGCAAGAUCUCCCUUGAGGCCCUGGGCAUCCUGCAGAGCUUCAUCCAGGACGUGGGCCUGUACCCGGACGAGGAGGCCAUCCACACCCUGUCGGCCCAGCUGGACCUGCCCAAGCUCACCAUCAUCAAGUUCUUCCAGAACCAGCGCUUCUACGUCAACCACCCGGCCAAGGCGCCCAAGGAGCCCAGCAACAGCACCACAGCCACCACCAACACCAGCAGCAGCAGCAGCAGCAGCAGCCCGGCCUUCGAGGAGGAGAUGACGGACUUCAGGGAGAGCGGAGAGCUGCUCAAGGAGCUGGACGAAAGCACGCAGACCAACAGCACCAUCUUCUCCAUCAAGAUCGAAGAGCACCUGGGCCGCGCCGAGGCCCAGCCGGAGUCGGAGCACGAGGCCAAGGAGUAGGACUCUGCGCCGCGGCCCGAAUAAAACACAGAGUUUUCUCACACACACAGAGACUGAUGACUGUGCUGAAAGGUAAUGCUCUGAGCAACACAGAACCACCGCACUGCAAAUAAAGAAGUAGUGUUUUUAAUCAAUACAGCAUCUGGACUGUAUGAGGAGUGUUUAUAUAUAUCAGUUGCAGACUGACAGGCUAUGUGAAGCGAGUGUUCACACACUGGAAAGCCCAUUUCAGACUCGGUAAUACAACAAGUAUUACUUUUUGGAUUUUGUAAAACUUGUAUUAUUCACUGUAAAGACUGAUGCAUCAUUUAAAUAAUCUGCACAAAAAAAUUAUUCUAAGUAUGUUGCGUGGAUAUUUGCUGACUGCACUCUAUGUCUGUUGUUUUACACUGAUUUACUUUCUCUUUUUUGAGCUACUGAUUAUAUUUAGAAAAGACAAAAGUCCCCCUGGAGUUUGCUAGGACUUUGAUAGGUGUUUACGUAUGUGAUGUUAAACUGGAUUUUUAAAAAAAAGCUUAUGAAAUCAAGGACCAAGUGGUUGACAAGGCCUUAAUGAUGAGGUACAAGUCUGGAGCCUGCUGGCAGAUUAGUUAUUGUUUUAAAAAGCGCAAAAUGUGAUUAUGGAUCACUCCAAACUCUGGAACGCGAUCACCCAGCCCAGGUGCAUCUCCGAGAAUAGCUCAGUCUUUACAUAUUAUUUGUUAGGGAAGAAAUAUAAAUAUAUAUAUAGACAUAUAUUGUAACUGUAAAAAAAUACAGUCUUAAAGAAACUAUGCCAACAAAUGCCUUGUACUAUACGGCACUGCCGAUGUUAGAUUAUUUUGCAAAACCUUUGUCACUGUAACUUUCUGAAUUGCCACACAGUUAGAAAUGUGAAUUACACCCUGUUUAUGUUGUCCUACAUUAUUUAUUUGCAGUUCAUGCAGUGUUUCUGAUGUAAUUACUUUUUUUGGAAAGUUUAUGUUACGUAGCGCUUUUUUUUUUUUUUUUUUUUUUUUUUUUUUUUUAAUUUCACCAAUCUUUUUUCUAUUUAUAAAUGUAAUUUCGAUGGGCAGUAAAAACAAAAAGUGUCUUAAACGUUUUAAAUGGAGAAAUGUGCUUUAAAGGUUGCCUAUAAAAAGUGCUGUAUGUCAAGCAACUCAUGCUACAAGCUUCACAAUUAAUGUUGUAUGCAAUUUUUACUAUCAUGCAAAUAAGCUUAGGUAAAAUGACUAACCUAUAGAACACCUUAGAAAGAAAAACAUAUGCAAUCUGUGUGAAAAUCGAUGUCUGCGAUGUGUCUUCCUUUGGUUAACAAUCCAAUUCAAAAGCUAUUCCUGUAUAAAUAUUCUGUAUAAAAGUGUUUCUUUUUUAUGAGUUUAUUUCAAUGAGAACACCAGUUAUUUUGUUACGACUGACUGUUUUAUAAGUGUUUCUCGGUUCCUUUAUGCAGAAAUGUUCUAACUAGAAGUGGUUAUUGAUUGUUAAUUACACAAUUAAAAUGUUUGUAUUGUACCACAGAUCUCUUGGCAUUAACUUGACCAGACUCUUUUGACAUCAGAAGGAUUUUUCCCCUCUGGAAACAAGGAAAAAAA